CGAAGGUAAAACCCGGCGGCGGCGUCGCUUUGAUGCUGGCAAAACUUUCCAGCGCUGGGGUAAGAACGUUCUGACUACGGCGGCCGUAGGGGGAUCUGGGUUUAUCUGAGCACGAAAUCUGGUUUUAGAAAUCCCCUCGGGCAAUCCUGAUAAAUAGCAAAUGGUUAGUUUUAUUUGUGAGCCUGUUGGAAUAUUCCAUUAUUAAUGACAUGUCGACAGAGAUGGCAUCCCCAGACUCAAAUCACCCAGAUAUGACCUUUGUAGGCCCGCAUGGAACGCAUCGAACUAUACACCAUGUUUCAUUUUCAGACUGCCAAAAUGGAUUAGGCAUUAAAAUUAUUGGAGGCUGUCAAGAUCAAUCCAAAGAAGAGUAUGGAAUUUUCAUAAAGGAGAUAUUACCUGAAAAGAUAGCUGAUCAGUUGUGUAUUGGAGAUUUGAUUUUAGAAGUGAAUGGCCAAAAAUUAUGUGGUGUAACUAAUGAAAAAGCUGUUGACAUGUUACAGAUGGCAUCGGCAACCAAUCACGUGUCUCUGUUUAUUGCCCGAGAUGAAGAUGCAAAGAAAGAAUUUCUGGCCUUGAUGGAGAAGUACAGUUCACACAAUAACUCCAGUAGGAAUUCCCCAACGCAGAUCCUAACUGGUGUUGAUAGCUUUUCUUCCGGAGCACCUUCAGUGAGUCAUUCACUAUUUCAUCCAAAGAACACUGUGACAAACCUCCUGGGAAGGCCUGCAGCGGUAACAUCACUUCAAGCCAUCACAAAUGACAGCAUAUUUCAGAUUAUCAGCGUUUCCAAGGAAACGGGUCUGGGCCUGCAGAUUGUAGGAGGCAUCGACAAGGAUGAAGGGCCCUUGGUGUAUAUUCUGGCAGUUAUUCCUGGAGGAGACUGUCAUAAGGAUGGUCGAUUGAGACCUGGUGACCAGCUUGUAUCUGUUAAUGGAGAAUCAUUGAUUGGGAUCACCUAUGAAGAGGCAAGAAAUCUAAUCAACCAAACACAGCCGAGUUCAUAUAUCUCUUGGGAGAUAACUUUCAUUCGACAUGAUUCUGGUCCUGAUGAAGUGGAAAAUAUGCAUCCAUUCUCCAAUCUACUAAAUUCAGAGAGAUGUGGACUGCAGAAUGAUUUAUUCAACCUCUGCCCAACAUUGUCUUCUAAUGAGAAUAUUACUGCUGAGAAAUCUGAUAUGAUGAAAACUGAAUUCAAGAAAGGAGAGCAAUUUUGUACAUUUUCUACAGACAACAGUUUCAUUGGUGUAUCAGCUGGAGCUGUUAGCCCCUCUUGGAGAAUUGAUUAUGGACCACAAAGGAAGAUUUCCCUCAAUCCCUCAGUUCGCCUCAAAGCAGAUAAACUAGAGAUGGCUUUGAAGUUUCUUGGGAUUCAGCCUACAAAAGAAGAACAAGAAAUCCUAAGGCAACAGCUACCAAGAGAUUCUGAAGGAACAGUCUGUUUUGGAGAUUUUAUUCAGGUGGCAAGAGAUUUAUUUUCUCAGCAGCUGGAUGAGACUGGUCACAGCCCUGUACAUGAAAUUGCUAAAUUACUAGAUUCACAGCUUGUAUCUUGUGAUCAUUUGGAAAGACAUGAAAUGGAACAACUUAGGAAAGAGAAAAAUGAAGCUUUGAAAGAACUAUGUCAACUGAAGGAAGAAUUGGCAAAGUCAGAAUGUGUGAGAAAACAACUAGCUGAAGAGCUGCAGAUUACCAAACAAGAAGCCAAGGCAUCUGUGGAGGAGGCGAGAACCUUGCGAAGCAGAAUCCAUCUCGCAGAAGCGGCUCAAAAGCAGGCUCGUGGAAUGGAACUGGACUAUGAGGAAGUAAUCAGUUUGCUGGAGAUAGAAAUCACCAGGCUGAAGGGUCAGCUUGCUGAUCACGGUGGCCAAAAUAAAGAGAGUGUGCAAGAUUUAAGGAAGAGGGUUACUGUGCUUGAUUGUCAGUUAAGAAAAUCUGAAACAGCCAAGAAGACCUUUGAAGUGGCAACUGAAAAAUUGCUAGAAUUUGUUGAGACUGUACCUGAAAUGCUAUUGCAUGGCAGUAGUCCUCCAGUCACUUUAAGUGAUAGGAAAGCCACGAUCUCUUCAAAAAUGCUCCUUGCACAUCUGGGACGGAAUGGCCACACUCUUGCAGCAUCUCUUGCCACAGAAGCCAAAGAACUUGCUAGAUCUGUCCGGGCUAUUCUAGAAGCAGAUUGUCUGCCUUAUGGGUGGGAAAAGGCGUAUACAGCAGAUGGAAUCAAAUACUUCAUCAAUCAUGUGACACAAACAACAUCCUGGAUCCAUCCCGUCACUAAUGUACUUGCCUUGUCAUGCUUGGAAGAAAACGAGGAUGAUGGUUUCAGAGAACUUCCGGAUCCCCAAACCUGAGACCAUAGAUGAAAGACAACCUGCUUCCAACAGUUUAUUCAUCAACCGAAAUAAAUUAAAGCUUGGUUAUUGUUUAUGUACAACAGAUUUUCAAGAGAAACAAUUGCCCUCACAAGAUCAGUAUUAUACAGAAGAACCAGUUUCAUAUUACAAGAGCUUAAUUUUAAUAUUGUUUAUGUCUUUCCCAUUACAAAUUCACAUUCUUUGCAAAUUAACCAUGAAUAUCUUCUUGCAUUCCUGACAAUUAUUGCUGGUAACAGAUGAUAUCUGGCCCAAGAGCUGAAUUGUUUCCUAUUGUAUGUUAUUCAAUAGUGCUGAGUCCCUCAAGCUAGUCCUACCAUGAGGUAGAUUUAAAAGACUAGUAUCAGAAAGUUUGGGGGUAUAGAAAGGUAACAAAAACAGUUGUUGAUUUUCAGGUUUUGUUUUGAUGCCCUUGAGUCAACGUUGAUCCUGAUGAUACUUUGGACAAGUCCCUGAAGUUUUAUUGGCAAGAUUUUGGAAGUGGUUUGCUCUUGCUUUCUUCCUAGGGCUGAGAGACU